UCCGCGCUGCUCUGCCGCCGCCUGCCGCGCUGCGCCCGGGCACGCUCAGCAUGAAGGUCGAGUUUGCCCCCAUCAACGUCCCCCUGAGGAGGAGGAUCCAGACAGUCGCGGUGCUUCAGUGGAUCUUCUCCUUCCUCCUGCUCGCGGAGUUUUGCUGUGGGAUCUUUGUAAUCUUGAUUCUGGGCAAAUUUUGGUUCGUCGCUGUCCUAUACUUGCUGUGGUACUACCUCGACUGGGAAACGCCGUGCACCGGAGGGAGACGGUCUCACUGGGUCAGAGGCUGGACUGUUUGGAAACAUUUUAGGGAAUACUUUCCCAUUAAGCUUAUAAAAACUUCAGAUUUGAAUCCAAAUCACAACUACUUGUUUGGCUUUCACCCUCAUGGGGUACUGGUAGCUGGAGCCUUUGGAAACUUUUGCACCGGGACAGGUUUCAAGAAUCUAUUUCCUGGGAUUACUCCGUACCUUCAUAUCAUGCCCAUCUGGUUCAGCUGUCCCUUCUUCAGAGAAUACAUAAUGAGUGUUGGAAUGGUUUCGGUAUCCAAAGAGAGCGUCUCAUAUGUGCUGAACAACGAUGGAGGUGGCCACGCGUCUGUCAUUGUGAUCGGAGGAGCAGAGGAGUCUCUGAAUGCACAUCCUGGAAGUUUAACGUUGAACAUCCUCAAGAGGAAAGGUUUUAUUAAAAUGGCCUUGAAACACGGGGCUCAUCUGGUCCCAGUGUUUUCCUUUGGUGAAAAUGAACUAUUCAAGCAAGUUGCAAACCCCAAAGGUUCACGGCUCAGAAAUAUACAGGAGAAGCUGCAAAAGAAAAUGGGCUUUGCUCUGCCGCUGUUUCACGCUAGAGGAAUAUUUCAAUACAGUUUUGGCUUAAUACCUUACAGGCAACCCAUUCAUACUGUUGUGGGAAGCCCCAUCCCUGUGAAACGGAACUUGAAUCCUACCACUGAAGAGAUUGAGCAGCUACAUGAGCUAUAUCUACAGAAACUAAGUAAAUUAUUUGAAGACCACAAAAGAAAUUAUGGGAUCCCUGAGCAUAAAUCUCUUAUCUUUGAGUAGUGAAUUACAGUUUGUGAUUACAAGGAUCAGUUUGGAAAAAAAUAUUGAGUACUGAAAGAGAUCUUUCUUGCAAUCUAUAUUUUGCAACCUGUAAUUGUUCUUGUGUGCGAAAUAAUUUUAAGAAGGCAUUAUUUGAUUUUCAUCUAAUGGGAAAAAAAAUCCUUGGGGUGUGAUCCUGGAGGGUUGUCCUUUUAGAUUCAUCUGCACUAGAAACACUAGUGAGAGACUCAGCACAGAUGUGGUAUGUAAAACUAUAACUUGACCAGAGGAAAUUGCCCUAGCAUGAGAUCACGAGCAGGAAAAGUAUAAACCGCUGAAGUAUGUAAUUAGAAGUUAAGAGACUUACGAGCAUGUAUCAAACGUUGCCUCAAGUUGUUCUUUGAAUAUUAAAAAAACCCUACUGCUCUUCCAUAGAAAUGAAGUUUGUUUUCAGUAGAUGGCUAUUAUGAACCGUUUACACGGGAAUUCAUGAAUAUUAUGAGCUUUCUGCCCUAAAUAAGAAAUCAGCAGAAGUAAUUUCUCCAACUUAUGGAGCACACUAAGCUCUGUUGGAGGAAGAACAGUGUUGGGUUGUUCUGUGUGCAUGCAUUUGCUGGGUGGUGGGGAGCACUGAGUAAUGUGACUUCUUUUUUUGGACAAGCUGUACUUGGGAUCAUUAGUUUGUAAGUUGAUGCAGCUUGGUUUGGUAGUUCAAGUCUUGCGGGAAAUGGCAGGCAUAGUAUGGGAGAUGUUUACCAGUGAAGCUGUUAGGGGAGUCAUGUGAACUUUGCAUGUUAUGCAUAUUCAAAAUUACUCUUAUGCUAAGUACUUCCACAGAAGGAAAUGAAGCCCACUUUGUUCAGUCUAGUUCUGAAACUUAUUCAAGGAAAGUGUACUUGAGUUAUGCCUCAAGUACAUGAGUUAUGCCUCAAGGAUGGGGAAGCAGACCAUGAAGCUUCAUUCUUUUUUCCUACUAGUCUGAUUGAACUGAAUUCUAACCUGCAGUUUCCUUAUGUGGAAAGCUGUCCAUCAGUGUGACACGGGUGUAAUUACCAAGGCAGCUGAACACAGUGCUAAAGUGGAAACACUAGAGUUUGAGACAAGGUUUUGCUUAAAAGUGGGUAUCUAUUAAAAAAAAAAAAAGAAAACUUGGCCAACCUUUUUCAGUUAAAAUGUCUAGGCCUCCAAAAUGAUGAUGUGUGAAGAGAAUUAUAGUAUUAUAUUUUUUAUAUGUGAAAAAUUACUGUAUCUGUAAAUGCUUUCUAUCUGCACAUGGAUUUUGUAGAUCUGGAUUUAUUGAAAAGUGUGUUUUGAUAUAAGCAGUUUUGAUGUCUGAAUGUUGUAUCGGUUAGGUGCACAUCAGGCAGGAUGUGCAUAAGCUUUUUGGGCAGCCUGGGGCAUCUGCAGCUGUGUCAGUUCAGCAGCAAUACAGUCUGGAAACAGUGCUGUUGGCCCUACAAAGGCACUGGACACUUGUGCAUGCUGGCCUCAAGCCUUCCCUGAAGAAAUGUCGUUGUGGUAUUUGGGGAAGCAUUAGCACUCUGGAAAGAAAAGAUCUUAGCAACAUGAAGGUCUUCAAAGAAAAGGGUGGAAAUAGCAUGACUCCUGAGGACUCCUUGUGAGCCAAGGUCCCAGUGUUGAGUAAGUAUUUGCCAGACAUGGCUCAUGGAUGUUGGUCUAACCUGCUCCAAAAAUCUUCCAGCAACUGAAUGGUUUGCUUAGGAGGACUGUGCCUUUUAGUGUGCAUCUGUCAUUCAGGGAUGACCAGUGCUGAGCCGGGGAAUCCCGCUCUCACUUUUUCGAGGGCUAUAGAUGUCUUUUUAGGAGCCAAGAUGAGAGCUGAAGUUCUUGAUGCCUAGAGAAGUAGCUCUCCUUUCCCUGACAGACUGCUGUCAACAUGCCCACAACUCAUCUCUUCUGUGCUUUAGCUUUCUUGGUGCCAAAUGUGCUUCCCUUCACCUUCCCAAUGCUUUGCUGCCUAAUAAUGGCUGUGUGUGAUGACCAUGUACACAAAGAAAAUUUUGAAUGGCUUCCUAUCACUUAGCAGAAAUAGAGGUUUUUAGGAGUAGGGCUUGAGAAGAGGAAGUGCUAUGACCAUUAAUGUUUGACAUGAGCUUAAGAUCAGGACUAUUUCAGCUUUUGGAAUGGCAAAUGUGUAGGGAUUCAAAUAUCACAGGUGUGGUACCUGGAAGAGGCCUCUAGGGUCCUGAAGGCUUUAAGUGAUGAGCUCUGAGUAGCCAUUGACCCAUUUUUGUUUAUCCAACUGUGUGAAACUUCCAUCUGAACUUUUUUUUUGCUGCUUGCUCUGAUGGGUAGUGCUUAUGUAGUCACGAAAGACAGACGUGGAGUCCGUGUCGGACUGUGCUCUCCUAGAUCACCUGAUCUAAUAAGAUGUUUCCUCUCAUACUCAGUCUGUUUUAUCUUGUUACCUUAUUGAUAUAGAAGCUCAGGAUGUAAAUUUUAAAGCCAUAGUGUGGGGUUGAGGAUUGGAAGUGUUUGGAUUGUUGUUGAUCAAUUUAGCCCAAAAUUCUAGGGAACGUGAGGAUACUGAUUUGAGGGAGGGAUAUCUGGUCCAGAAUGUACCCUUAUGAGUAGGCACACCUCUGAAUAUUCCGUGACAAAAUUGUUUGUGGGCUCUAAAUACCGUCAUAACUGGCACAAUUAGAACAAGUAGGAGUUGUUACUCUGGCUACUAAUAUUUUUAUUGGCAUAUAACAUAGGAAGAAGGAGAAAAGAAAAUAAAUUUUCCAGGCAGUCUAAAUAUGUGUUAUUGCUCUGCGUAAACAGUUGGUGUGUAACUGCUGCACAUUGCCUAUGCUGGUCCUUUCAUCCUACCUUUUGUUAAAAAACUUGCUAUGCUUAGUGUAUCUAGGACAGCACUAUGUUUAAGUAGGCUAUCAGUAUCUAAAACUGAUAUGCACAUUGUCCUCUAAAAUAUUUACCUUUGUGAUAGUACCUGGAUUUGUAAAACAGCCCUGCAAUGCUGCAUUAAAGACUGUGGACACUUCAGAGCCCUGGAAGCUGCAGCCCUAUUGCAGGUAGCACCAGCCCUGAUCCUACUGUUGCUGUGGCCAUGAGGAAGCUUGCUGUGUCCUGUGAGAACAUCAAAGCAAGCUUCAGUUGCAGUGCAGGCUUGACAAAGCAAGAGGAGGUCGUAGAAGGAAUGGUGAGUCCCCCCUUCCCCCCCCCCCCACUACUAUAAUUAGAAGAAUUGGGUAUGGCUCAGGUUAUUGGUAGGAUGCCCACACCUAUGGGGGCCUACUCUGUGGUGUGUUUCUCUUUGUGCCUUUCAAUGGGUGUCAGUGGCCACAAUUAUGGAUAGGCGUACGACUUGGCUAGCUUACAUUUUCUCCCUAAGGAUAGAUGCCAGAGAUGAAACAAGUACCCGUACCCUGUCACCUCCUACAGAAAAGGAUUAGUAGUUGGUGCCUGCUCACAUUGCAUAGGGAUUUCACCAUGCUGCUGACUUCACUUUGCAGAGGUAACUCCAGGGAAGCAAGUCAUCUAGUAAACGGAUAGAUGCCCUGCCUCUGUACCGUGCAAAUACUGCCUCUCCAAUGUACUGAAGCGGACCAUGCCUGCCUGCUCCCUUGCGGAUAAACACCUCUUCACCAAAAUAUGUUUACAAAAGCCCUUACACCUAGAAUCAGUCCUCGAGAACUUUAUUUCUUGAACUACAAAGCUUACUUUACACUCUUGGAUACCUGUGUAACUUUUUGUGGUAACUGUAAAAUACCAAUUUCUGUUGUUACAAUGAUAGCCGCUCCUAGGAGG